CAGAUCGAUGAUGCUUAUCACUACUCAUUUCUCAGUACUCACCAAUUCUACAUACAAGUUGCAAGCUUCUGUCAUCUGUCCGAAAUAUUCUGAUCUCUGUUCUUUGUGCUUCGAAAGAAGAAGUUGCUAGCUAUCACACAAGAUUCCGAGAUGGGGUCUCUGAUGGCCGGCUGGGAUUCGCCUGUUCUUGGCGACGACACCAAAGCUCGUAGAAUGAGGAGCCGGUCGCUGACGAAGGAGGAGGUGGAGGCGUUCUGGCGGCAGCAGGGGAAGCCGGCGCCGGAGGACGGCGUCACCUCGCCGCUUGCCUCCCCUCGUCCAACCAUGGAGAAGAGCCCGCUGGGGAGCUCGAAACAGAGGAGCAUGUCUCCUGUUGCUCGUGGGCACGAAGAGAUCGCUGAAGGUGACGCGGCCGCCGACGACGCCGGGGGUAGCCCCGGCAAGAGCCGGGACUGGUGGACGAGGAGCAACUGGGCGUUCCUGAACGAGCCGCCGGGCACGGCGCACAGCUACACGCCGCAGUUCCAUGUCGCCGCCGGAGGCCAGAUCGCCACCGGCAACGUCUGACUGGAUUUACAGACUAGUACCACGCUACGCUGAUGGACUAUCUGCACGGCCCACUGUCUGCACCGUGUUGAUGUGCCACGAGCUCGCUACAUGUCCUCCGUGUAAAUACACACAAUAUAUGCAUCCGUUGUACUUCAGUAUAUUGCAAACACAUAUGUGAGUGAUGUGUAUGUAAAAAAAGGUAAAUAAUGUAUGUUUCUACUAGGAAGUAGCACAUAAAGGACUGCCCAUCUACGCGCAUCUCCAAUAGAUGAUGUGAAAUAGGACAACUAAAAGAAGUGCCCUAUAAUUUUUAC